AUGGCUCCUGCAAAGAAGGGUGGUGAGAAGAAGAAGGGCCGUUCUGCCAUCAACGAGGUAGUGACCAGAGGAUACACCAUCGACGUACACAAGCACAUUCAUGAAGCGGGUUUCAAGAGGCGUGGCCCCUCGGGCACUCAGAGAGAUGCAGAGAUUUGCCAGGAAGGACAUGGGAGCUCCAGAAGUGCGCACAGACACCAGGUUGAACAAAACUGUCUGGGCCAAAGGAAUAGAAAUGUCCAUAGUGUCUCUGGGUGCUGUUGUCCAGAAAACAUAAUGAGGAUGAAGAUUCACUAA